GGGGGAGAACAGCCACGAAGUCGGACGGGUCUUCUCCUUCUCCUUCUCCUCCUCCUCUCUCCCAGGCCGUGGCCGAGCGCUCUCCCUCCAUCCCCGCGGCCUCGAGGCGGGGAGGUCGCCCCCCGUCACCUGGGGGCAGCAGUUCCCCACCUGCCACCAUAUACCUGGGGCCUUCUGCCCGCGGCCUCACCCCCCGCAGCGGGGGAGUCCCCCGUUUUUAAGAAAAAAAAUCAGGAGGCCGGUGUCAGAGAAGGAACGAUUGCUCAUCGUGUUGAGGUGUCCUGUAGUUCACCAUUAACAGAACCGAUCUUUUCUACUCAAGAGAUACAGGGAGCUGCAAAAAUGAGAAAAAAUUGCACUACUUCCAGACAUUUGGUUCUGCCUUCUGAUGGUAAUGAAAAUGAACAGUCAAAAUCUAUUCAGAGAAAAAGAGUGCUUCCAUCUUGGAUGCUGGAAAAAGAUCUCCUAGUGCAGAGGAUUUCUGAGCCUGUGGUGAAAGGAGGCAGUAGAAUGAAAAAAGUCCAAGGAAGGGAAGAAAGUAAUAUGGAGUCAUUAAAAUCAGAAGUAAGUGUGCGGCAGAAAAAAAGAUUAGCUUCUGAAGAAGCUAUAGAGGAUUUUGAAGGUGAAGAGCAAGAUCAAGGGAAAAGGAGCUGUCUUUCCAUCCCUGUCCCUUCAUCUCAGAAUACAUCUGGAUUUCCUCUUGAGAGUACCAUGAGAAACAUGGAAGGAAAUGGCAAGACUGGAACAAAAAACCCUGGAAGUUCUCUGGAAAGAAAUGAUAGGGAGCUGCAUAGUAAAUUGUCUAAAAGAAUAGGUCAGAUCUCCAGUAAAACAAAUGUAAUUGAGGAAACAGAAAGCAAAGAGCAAAUUACUGGUUCUACAAGCCAACAAGCUCACUGGGGCAGGACUUCCCAAAAUUUUGCUGCCCAGGAAGGGAUUCUUGAGUCUGAUGCAAAUCUGGAUUACAAGACUGAGAUUUCUGCAGAUGCUUCAGAAGGCUCCAAACAGAUCAAGCAUAAGAGGACGCCUUGCAUGUAUGGAACAGGCUGUUACAGGAAGAAUCCCAUCCACUUUCAGCAGUUCAGUCACCCUAAUGAUGAUGACUAUCAAGAGAUUGUAACCCAGAAAAAGGAUGAUAACCGGCCUGAAUGUCCAUAUGGGACAGCUUGCUAUAGGAAGAAUCCACAGCACAAACUAGAAUACAAGCACAGUGCACCCCCAGUAACUGGAAGAGGAACUCGACAACAAACUUCGAAGAGUGGAAGAAAGGCUGUGGAGAAAGAUGGUGCCAAUGAUGACGAACCAAAUGAAUAUGACCUUAAUGACAGCUUUAUAGAUGAUGAGGAAGAGGAGUGUGAACCUACUGAUGAAGAUUCUGACUGGGAACCAAGUUCAGAAGACAAGGAUAAUGAAGAUGUUGAAACGCUUGUUCAAGAAGCACGUAGAUUUGUUAAGACCAAAAAGUAGCUGCAUGAAGCAACAUUACAAAUGUUCAAUUGGGUUUUAUUAAAACAUGGAUGUGCAAGUAGAGGAAUUGUUUUGAGAACUUUUUUGUUCGGUGAUACAGGAACUGCAGGAAGAUUUUUAAUAGGGGUGAGGGGAGAGACAAUGACUUUCUUGUGCAUAUGCAUUAUUUUGGCAAGGGUUUUUUUGUUUGAUUAAGUGGUAGAGCCAGAGGACUGAGCUCUUGGGAUUUUUGUUUGUUUUAUGUUUUUUUUUCUUCUUACCUAUUUCUUCUGCAGCACUAUUGAUGUUUCAUAGUUUGAAAUACAAUUUUAAAGGUUGUUAAGGUUUAAAGGUUGUCCUGUGCUUGAAAGAUAUACUGGCAUUAGGAAAGCCUUUCUUUAUUCUGAAACACAAAAUAUACCGUGUUAAAUGGAGCUCCUCUUCAUACCUGCAGUAUUGCAGACUCAUUCUUGACUACCACUGGGGAAGUUGUCUGAACCAUUUUUUAACAUUCUUUUGAAGUUAUUUCAGUCUUAAAUUUAAUUAGUCUGCUACUAGCUUUCCUGUUAGGUGUCAUCUCUUUAAUUCUCUUAAUGUACAGUGGUUAAAUACAGGUUGUCUGAAUCACUUGAGGGCAUUAUCUCAGUGUAUUGAACCACUUGAUUGACUCAAAGACAAUGAUGCUGUAUUUGCUUUAAUUGCAGUUGUACCUUUUUCCAUGCCUGUAUAUCACUGCUGUUGUGUUGAGUUCACAACAAAGCUGAAGUCUUGAUGACUGUAUUUUUGCACAAUAAAACUUAUAAAGUACUGGGAAGA